GAACAGAGAUGAUGGGACGUCAGCGAGGUCAACAGAAACUGUCAUGUCAGCCUCCAGUGUGGCGUGUAGUCCUGCAGCAGCGAUGCUCAGCCUGUCUAUUAGAGAGGUGUCUCAGGCACUUAAGGAGGGCAGGGUAUCUGCUACUGAACUCUGCAAGAAAUGCAUCAACCAAAUACAGAGGACCAAGUCCUUGAAUGCAUAUAUCACCAUCACAGAAGAGCAAGCCAUAGAGCAAGCACAGCGAGCAGACAACAGGCUACGCAAUGGCAAACCUCUCGGUCCUCUUGAUGGCAUUCCCUUUUCUGUGAAAGAUAACUUCUGCACAGAGAAUAUAGAGACCACCUGUGCUUCAAACAUCCUUAAAGGUUAUGUGCCUCCAUUCAAUGCAACAGUUGUGCAGAAGCUUUUGGAUCAAGGAGCAGUUCUCGUCGGAAAAAAUAAUUUAGAUGAAUUUGCAAUGGGAUCUGGGAGUACAGAUGGGGUGUAUGGUCCCGUUCGAAACCCCUGGAGCUAUGCAACAUCAUACCGUGAGGAGGGCAGAGGAGAUCCAGAUUCUGAUUGGGUGAUUGCAGGAGGAAGUUCAGGAGGGAGCGGAGCAGCAGUGGCGUCUCUCAGCACCUUCUUAGCAUUGGGUUCAGAUACAGGAGGAUCUACACGAAACCCUGGGUCUCUUUGUGGAGUUGUGGCUUUGAAGCCCACAUAUGGCCUUGUCUCCCGUCACGGUCUCAUCCCUCUCGUCAACUCCAUGGACGUACCAGGAAUUAUGACCAGAAGUGUGCAUGAUGCUGCCACAGUUUUGAGGAUUCUCCAGGGGCAAGACGAAAAGGACUCAACAACUGUCCAGGCACCGAUCACCUCGCCAAACCUUCCUGAAGACUUUGAUAUUAGAGAUAUAUGUGUCGGCAUACCAAAGGAGUAUCACGCCCCAGGCCUGUCUGAAGAAACUCUGGCCCAGUGGAAUCGAGUGGCAUCCAUGUUUGAGCGGGCAGGGGCGCGGGUACGAGAAGUUUCCCUCCCGCACACACAGCACUCCAUCGUAUGUUACCAUGUCCUGUGUUGCUGUGAGGUCGCGUCCAACAUGGCACGCUUCGAUGGACUUGAAUACGGCCAUCGCAGUGCAGUGGACAGCUCCACAGAUGCCAUGUACGCCACCACGAGACACGAAGGCUUUAACAAUGUCGUCCGUAGGAGAGUCCUUUCCGGGAACUACUUCCUUCUUAAACAGAACUACGAGCGUUACUUUGUGAAAGCUCAACAGAUCAGACGUCUCAUUGCUAAAGAUUUUGAAAGCGUCUUCACCUCAGGUGUUGAUGUUCUCCUCACACCCACGACACUGAGCGAUGCAGCGAGAUACAUUGACUUCAUACAGAAAGACAACCGAACGCGAAGUGCGCAGGAUGACAUCUUCACACAGCCUGUCAACAUGGCAGGUUUGCCUGCUAUCACUGUACCAACGGCCCUGUCACACAGAGGACUUCCCAUCGGCCUGCAGCUGAUUGGCCAAACACUACAGGACUGGAAGUUGUUGACCGUAGCCCACUGGAUGGAGCAACAAGUUGAAUUUCCAAUGAUACGUUUCAAUGAAGACUUGGAUAGAUCGGUCAGAGAACGAACACAUACGACCGGAUCAUAACCAAACACUGAAACACAUGAUUUAUGGUAAAGAGGGACUAAAGUCAAGGGAACAAAAAAAUAAAGUACUUUUAACAAAUAUGUAAGGAUUUCACUUUUGUAAAGCAUUAAAUGUAAAACAUAAAGGGGCACUUUCCCAUUAAUCCAGGACUAGGCCUUAGUUUUAUUAUAUAUAUUAUAUCUGGGACUAGGAUAAGCUCUGUCCGGAAAACAUCAUGAAUCUCAUCUCAAAAACAUUUAGAGAAGUAGAAUAACAACCACACAAAGUGAGUCUGUGAAAUUGAAGCCUUUUUUAUUGACCAAAAUCGGAAGAACAUACAGUAAAGUACACUACAGUUCAAAAGUUUUAAAAGCACUUAAAAAGUCUUAUGAUCUUAAAAAUCAUUUAAUCUGCAGAUGUAUGUUUGAAAUCACUUUUGUAACUAUCCAUUUUUAAAGAAAUUUAUUUUGAAAUGGAUGACUUGGACUGAAUAAUAUAAGAAAGCAGCCAAUAAAACUCCUUCAAUACUUUUAAAAUGAAGACAAUUUAUGACAUAAAACAUUGUAAAACAGAAAAUUUUAAUUAAAGAAAACUUAUUAAAAUAUACAAUGUAGUGCUGUUGAUAAGUAGCCUUUUUUUUCUGAGGUUUAAUUACACAGAAUUCAUGAUAAAUGAAUGUAUUUUAUAAAAUGUCAUAAAACCGGGCCCCCGACACAAUCUUGGGCCCCCCAGUUUGAAAACUACUGCUCAAAGCGAACUGAGAUGAUACAGUUUUGAUUUAUUUUGAAUGCUUUUGGUCUCAACAUAAUUGCCAUAACUGGACUUGGGACGGUUUCUCGGACAGGGUCAGGGAUUAGACUAGUCCUAGAUGAUAUUUCCUAAUUAAACUAAGGCCUAGUCCAGGUUUAAGCUAAUCCCUGUACGGGAAACCACCCCUUUGUGUUAUUGCAUCAUUUUUAUGAGUUUAUUAUUAUCCUAAAUGUGGAAAAAAGAAAGAAGAAGUGAUUCAAAACUUUUGAACAGUAAUGUAUUUGCAAAUAGUGAGUAAAGUAUCGCAAUCCAUCACAGUUUUAAAUAACUAUGACAAAGAGACACAGAAUUGCAGUAUAACUGUAUCUUACUUUAAUGCAUAUGUCAGAUUGUUUUAUCCAAAGCGACUUGCAAUGCAUUUUAUUUAUAAAAAUUUUUUAUCAGUUUUUAUGUUCCUUGAGAAUCGACUCCAUGACCUUUUCCACUGCUAUUGCAAUGCUCUACAAACUAAACUACAGCAAUGGCAUCAUAUAAUGAUAUCAUAUCAGCAGUUUCCGGUUAAUGCCCA